GUUCUCCUAGGGAGCUGUCAUGGCAAUGUUCACCCGGCCGUUACGCUAGAGCAGCUCAACCUAAGAAAAACGCCGUGGUGCCUCGCCGUCUUUACAAAAUCCCAAACCCUCAAACGACAAAGACCACACCUCUUCAAGCGUCUCUGCCUCCUUCCAACCCUCCCUCUCAUGCUUCACCCUCUAAACAUGGCUUCUCUGGUUUCACUCUGCCUCUUAUUCUCUCUCCUCACGUCCGCCCUCGCCGACGACGCCGCCGUCAUGGACAACCUCCGCAAGGGCCUCAGCUCCACCCCCUCCGGCUGGACCGGUAGCGAUUUCUGCAGCUGGGAAGGCAUCAACUGCGGCAAUACCGGCGAUAGCAACGGCCGCGUCACCGCCAUCAACAUGGCUUCCAAGGGUCUCUCCGGCACUCUCCCUUCCGAUCUCAACCAGCUCUCUCAACUCGUGACCUUGUCGUUUCAGUCUAACUCUCUCUCUGGUUCCUUGCCUUCUCUCGCUAACCUACAGUUUCUUCAAGAUAUCUACCUCGACAGCAACAAUUUCACCUCCAUCGACAAGGAUUUCUUCACCAAUCUGACGAGUUUGCAGACUGUGAGCCUCGGUGAGAACCCCGAUCUGGCGCCGUGGUCGAUCCCAGAUGGGUUGAGCCAGUCCAAGAGUCUGGCUAUCUUCUAUGCUAGCAAUGCUAACAUUGAAGGGUCCAUACCAGAUUGGUUCGGUUCGAUGCCGAGUCUCAACGAACUGAGGCUGUCCUACAACAAUCUCAAUGGGUCUCUUCCAUCUUCUCUGCCUGGGACCAGCAUCCAAAAGCUGUGGAUGAAUAAUCAGCAAAGUGGGCUUUCGGGCACGAUCGAUGUGUUGGCAGCCAUGCCCGAUCUAACACAAGUGUGGCUGCAAGCGAAUGCCUUCACUGGGCCCAUCCCGGACCUGUCAAAUUGCACCCAGUUGUUUGAUUUGCAGCUUCGGGACAAUCAGUUCACUGGUAUUGUGCCUUCUUCGUUGACAAGUUUACCUCAAUUGGUUAACAUUACUUUGAAAAACAACAAAUUACAAGGUCCUGUACCCGAGUUUUCUAGUGGUGUUAACGCCGAACUAGAUAAUAAUAAGUUUUGUAGGACGUCUGUUGGACCUUGUGAUAGUCAGGUUACUACAUUGCUUGAGGUUGCUGGGGCUUUAGGGUAUCCUACAAGCUUGGCUGACUCCUGGGAAGGGAACGAUGCGUGCCACCAAUGGGCGUUUAUUUCAUGUGAUUCGCAGGGGAAGAAUGUGACUAUUGUGAAUUUUGCAAAACGGGGUUUUACGGGUACAAUUUCACCAGCCUUUGCAAAUCUCACAUCUCUGCGGAAUUUGUACUUGAACAAUAAUAACCUUACGGGUUCUAUUCCAGAGAGCUUGACUAGUUUGACUCAGCUUCAGGUUCUUGAUGUGUCAAAUAAUAAUCUUACUGGGGGCAUACCGAAAUUUGGAGGUGGGGUGAAGGUAACUACGACAGGCAAUCUCUUACUUGGAAACGGUACAGACUCUGGAAGUGGAGAUUCUCCAUCUUCUGGUACCAAUAGUACCUCACCAAGUGGUACUCCGGCUGGGUCGCCUAAUGGUUCAACCCCUUCAGCUGGUGUAAUUGCUGCUAUAGUUGUUGCUGUUGUCAUUUUUAUUGGGGUUGUGUUAUUUGUGUCUUACAAAUGUUGCGUUAGGAAACGGCAUAAGAAAUUUGGCAGGGUGGACAACCCUGAAAAUGGGAAGGAAAUGGUGGUCAAUAAGGUAAUGGGAGGAAUGGGUGGGUAUGGUGGAGUCCCAAGUGAAUUACACAGCCAGAGUAGUGGUGAUCAUAGUGACAUUCCAGUGUUUGAAGGUGGAAAUAUUGCAAUUUCAAUCCAAGUUCUUCGACAGGUGACUAACAACUUUAGUGAAGAUAAUAUAUUAGGCAGAGGAGGGUUCGGUGUUGUUUACAAAGGCGAGUUGCAUGAUGGGACAAAGAUUGCCGUGAAAAGGAUGGAAUCAGCAGCAGUGGGCACCAAAGGAAUGAAUGAGUUUCAGGCAGAGAUUGCAGUUCUUACAAAAGUUAGGCACAGACAUUUGGUUGCUCUGCUAGGUUUCUGUGUCAAUGGUAAUGAGAGGCUUUUGGUAUAUGAAUACAUGCCGCAGGGGACACUAGGACAGCAUUUGUUUGAUUGGCGUGAAAAUGGGUACCCAGCUUUGACUUGGAAGCAAAGGGUGACAAUUGCAUUGGAUGUAGGAAGAGGAGUGGAAUACCUUCACAGCUUAGCACAACAGAGUUUCAUUCAUAGAGAUUUGAAACCAUCCAACAUACUUCUUGGAGAUGACAUGAGAGCUAAGGUUGCCGAUUUUGGGUUGGUUAAAAAUGCACCUGAUGGGAAGUAUUCUGUGGAGACACGGUUGGCUGGAACAUUUGGAUAUCUUGCUCCUGAAUAUGCUGCUACUGGAAGAGUGACAACCAAGGUCGAUGUUUAUGCAUUUGGAGUGGUAUUGAUGGAGCUGAUCACUGGUAGAAAAGCUCUAGACGAGACCAUGCCUGAUGAAAGGUCUCAUUUGGUGUCAUGGUUCCGCAGGGUACUAAUCAACAAGGACAACCUCCAAAAGGCUAUUGACCAAACUCUAGACCCUGAUGAAGAGACCUUAGCAAGCAUCUGCAAGGUGGCUGAGCUGGCUGGCCAUUGCACUGCUCGCGAACCAUAUCAGAGACCCGAGAUGGGCCAUGCCGUUAACAUCUUGGGACCUCUCGUAGAGCAGUGGAAGCCUGUUCGCCCUGAUGAAGAUGAAAGCUAUGGCAUUGAUCUCCACAUGAGCCUUCCUCAAGCCCUUCAAAGAUGGCAAGCAGAUGAAGGUACUUCCAUGAUGGUUAAUGAUCUUUCCUACAGCCGAACCCAGUCAAGCAUUCCCUCAAAACCUUCUGGAUUUGCUGAUACAUUUGAUUCAAUGGAUUGCCGGUGACAAUGAAAAGGCGAGAUCAGUAUCCUCUGAAAAGAAGUGGAAAGUUCUUCCUUUUUUUUUUGGUUUCUUCUUUUUCUUUCUUCUGGUGGGGGGAAUGGAUGCAAAAGGAAAAAAAAAAAAAAAACAACAGGUUCCUGAGCUGCUGUUUAAUACUGUGACUUACCAGAGUGCCACAGUGUUGUAUUUAUUUAUUUUUUUAUUUUUUCCUUUCAAGACAUUAACGUGGCCUUUUUUGUAUGUUAUUCUCAUGGUCUUUACUGUGCUCGAAACAUGAACCAACUAAUACUUUUGUUCAUUA